AUGUGCUCUCAUCCUUCGAAAAUUGAAAAUAUCGAACAAUUAUGUGAAUCGAAUGUUAAUCAUCCGUGUUACAACAUCCGGAAAAUGACGAAUCGUAGUGGAAGAAGUGAGAAACGGAAGACAACAAAUAUUACAAUACCAUCAGGAAUUGAGGAGACUUCAAAACUUCAUACACACAUGGAAUCUCCACCAUCACUCCCAGUUAUUGAUGAUUAUAACAUUAAAUCAUCAAAUUCGAAAUUAGAAUCAAAGAAGGAACAAACUGCUAAUGACAGUAAUGUUGAAUCCUCAGAUGUAUUUAGGAAAAGAGGAACUCAAAAUAAUAUUGCCGUUUCAUUGGUUGUAUUUUCUGAUCAAAUGAUAAAUAAAAGACGAUUAACGAUUGCAAUAAUUAGUUGUAUAUGUGGCAUAUACGCGAUAUAUAUCGCACUUUCACGUAAUUCAUCCGUUUACGGAUACGAAUCACGCCAUCAAAGUGCGUACACAAUAAAAAAUAUUUUACUUCUUUAUGGAAUGGUACAACUCCUUCUAAGUACAAUUUUCUUCUGUAUCUAUACAAUAACAAAAAUUAAUGAAAACAAAUGGUGCUGUCAAAUUUUUCGCUUUAUAGGUUGUAUUAUUUAUUUAUUGAUUGCAUUGUUUGUUCUACUUAUUGGAAUAAUUGGAUUUUAUUGGGUACUGAAAUUAUAUGGACAUGUAGAAUAUGAAGAUCGGCAAUCGGUUGAUUACGUCGACAUUAUGUUGUACAAUUCAUCUAUGUUCAUAUUCUCUUUUAAUUUAUGUUUUGCAUUAUUGAAGUGCUGCUGGUGGAAUUAA